AUGUCAAAGAGAAAUAACGAGGGCGAUGUUAUCGCCAAUCGGAUAAGUCUCCUUGAAGCAAAGGGACAGAAGCUCUUGGCCUCGCUUUACGGGUCGCGGCCAGACUGGGAUACGCGGGACAGUGCUGCGACGCCUCAGGAUGAGGAUGAUCAGGAUCUCAAACAAAACUACGCUCAUGAUAGAAUUGGUCUUGGCGGUAUACUUCCAAAGGAUGUCGAGAAUGGCAGCUUCACCAAGAGGACACUAACGUCGGACGACAAACUGCUGCAGCAGUUGAUCGGCAAGAAAAAAGCCAAGGCUCAUAUCAUGGCGAAACAAGAAGCUGCGAGGCCGAGUGCAGCGACCAAAACUCAUCAAUACAGCAAACCUGCUAUUGCGAAGAAGGAGGUGUCCGAUGAUGAAGAGGAUGGGAGGGCCGCUACUUUCAAGUCAAAGAGAGAGGGUAGGAAGGCGACGAAGCCGCCCAAAGCUCUGGACAGUGACGACGAGGAUGAAGAAACGAGAGCAAAAAGGCUAGCAGCAGGCGCGAAGACUGAAGAUCGGGAGACAAAGGAGCUUACCACAGAGAUUCCGGUUGAGGAUAAGUCGUCUGAAAAAGUGGAAGAGGAAGAAGCAGAACCUGCACCACCAGCUCCUAAGAAAGUAAAAACUAAACCGAAGAGCUUUUUGGAUGAAAUUCUGGCAGAGCGCUCCAAGAAGAAGAGCAAAAAGAAUAAAGCCUAG